AUGCAGCCCCUGCGCCCCCGCGUCCUCGCCGCCCUGGCCCACGCGUGCCUCCUCUUCCUCAGCCUAGGCUGGGCCGAGGAGGGCCUGGAGUUCCCCAACUUCGACGGGCGGGACCGCGUGCUGGACGUCCACGAGCGCAACUACCGCAAGGCGCUGCGGCGCCACGACAUGAUGUGCCUCUUCUACCACGAGCCGCUGCCCGCCAGCAAGGCCCUGCAGAAGCAGUUCCAGAUGGCCGAGCUGGUGCUGGAGCUGACCGCUCAGGUUCUGGAGGACAAAGACAUCGGGUUCGGAAUGGUUGACGCCCAGAAAGACGCCAAAGUGGCCCGGAAACUAGGUCUGCAGGAGCUGGGGACCCUGUACGUCUUCAAGGACGACCGCGUGAUCGAGUUUGACGGGGAGCUCUCGGCCGACACGCUGGUGGAGUUCCUGCUGGACGUCCUGGAGGACCCCGUGGAGCUGAUCAGUAACGCCAUGGAGCUGCGCGCCUUCGAGAGGAUGGAGGAGGACAUCCGCCUGAUUGGCUACUUCAAGGGCGCCGACUCCUGUCAGUCCCACCGCCCUGGAUAG